AUGAAAGCUGUGCAUGCGCAUCAACGACCAUUAUCUUACUUAUAUGCUACAUCUCCUUAUACUAUUCCUGCUUAUGGAACUGUACCAUCUCAACCAGUUCUAUUAGAUGUGAAUUGGUAUAAUUCAUGGCCACGUAUUAGAUCAAUAAUGAUUUCUAUUGCGAUGCUUAUUUGUAGUUCAACUAUUAUUGGUCUUGAUAUUGCUAAUCUAGCUAUUGAAGGAAACAAACAAAAUGGAGCUUCUAAAUUAGGAUCAGGAACAGCAAACGUUGGUGCAGGUAUUUGGAGUGGAUCUAUAUCAUUUCUCGCUGCUAUUUUUAUUAUUGUGAUUAUAUUCUCACGAAAUAAACGUAUUUCUGCUACAUUUGCAUUAUUGGCAGUUAUUUUGGCUUUCUUUUUUACUAUUGUUCUCGUUGGUUUAGCUGGCAAUUCAGUACAAAAUAAUCUAUCUAAAACCGAACGUACAAAUGUAGAACAAAUACAAGAUAAACUUUUAAUUGCUAUUCUCUCAAUUGCUCUAUUAAUCAUAACACUUUGCAUGACGUUUUUUACUAUGUAUACUAAAGUUUUAUUUUCAUCAUCUACUCAUAAAAUAACAAUGCGUUGA